GAGUGUGUGAGGUAGCUGGAGGUAACUCAGGCUCGGAGUCGGAAGUUUGUGUUGGAGAUGGGCUGAGAGUCUCUCUCUCACACACACACACACACACACAGACCCAGCACGACGCGGAGCGGCUUCACUCAGGAUUUAUAAACUCUUGUGAUGCUCAGACCCAGCGAUGCCUUAUGUGGAUCGGCAGAACCGCAUCUGUGGCUUCCUGGACAUCGAGGAAAAUGAGAACAGCGGCAAGUUCCUGCGCCGCUACUUUAUCCUGGACACCAUGGAGGGGAGUCUGGUGUGGUACAUGGACAACCCGCAGAACCUUCCAGAAGGAACCCCGUGUGUCGGCUCCCUGAAGCUCACGUACAUCUCCAAGGUCAGCGAUGCGACUAAACUGCGACCCAAGGCGGAGUUCUGCUUCGUUAUCAACGCAGGAAUGAGGAAGUUCUACCUGCAGGCCAACGAUAAGCAGGACCUGGUGGAGUGGGUGGCUGUGCUCAACAACGCCACCAAGAUCACGGUGCCCAAAUCAUCUGAUCAGAGCGGGCAGAACCCGGCCGAGGCCUGCGUGGAGGUUCUGGGUGCCAUGAAGCAGGUCUCGUACAAGACGGAGAUCAUCGGAGGAGUUCCCAUCAUCACCACCACGCAGGAGAAGGGCGAGGGGCAGAAUGGGGCAGAGAGAGGGGCGCUGAGGAAGCCCCACCCCCAGACGCCGUACUACCUGAGCCGAGCCGCCCAGGACCAGUCUGUGGUGAAGGCCGGCUUCUGUGUCAAACAGGGCGCGGUGAUGAAAAACUGGAAGAGACGAUACUUCAUGUUGGACGACAACGCAAUCAGUUAUUUUAAGUCAGACCUGGAGAGAGAGCCGCUGCGUGUUAUUCCCCUGAAGGAGGUAACUAAAGUCCAGGAGUGUAAACAAAGUGAUUUGCUGAUGAGGGAUAACCUCUUUGAGCUCGUCACUACCUCAAGAACGUUUUACAUUCAGACUGACAGCCCGGAGGAGAUGCACAACUGGAUCAAGGCCGUUUCAGGAGCGAUCGUAGCUCAGCGAGGCCCCGGCCGCUCCGCUGCCUCGAUGCGUCAGGCCAGAAGGUUCUCGAACCCUUGUAUUCAGAGGUAUACGUCCCGCAGUGGCGAACGCAGCACGAGCGUCGUGAGCACGGCUCCGUCUUUUACUGCAGCGAGCAAGGCCCCCCAGUCCCUCGCUCACCCAUCUCCGCCGAACUCCACUUCCCAGAAUGCACCUUCCCAGCGGGCCAUCAGCAUGGCGUGGGACGAGCCGGACCUCAGCGGCCUCCUGCGGGGCAGCCCGCGCUCACGGCUGUCGCUCCAGGAGGCUCCUCGCCUUUUCUUCAAGUAAGCGAUAGCGGCGAGGCGGCGUCGCCCUGGGAGCGGAGGAACAGCCCAGAGAUCUGCCCCGCUGCCGUUAACGACUCGGACGAAAUGCAAAUUACGGAGGUGUAGAAUGAAACCCAGAGCCACGCCCACACCGAGACACAACACGGCGCAGACUGACCGGCGCGCUCCAGACGGCCGCCGGUCUGUAUGUGCAGCACAAAGUGGACACGGUAACACAAUCAGAACUGUAAGAGGACACACAGGGACUCACACAACACGCGGGAUUUAAACCUCCGGGGGUUUUCUGAUCAGCGCCCCCAGACACACGCGCCUUCUGGUGAAGACAGUUUGCGAGGGAUUGACCUGAAAACGUUUGUUUAUCCCCCCUCCCAUUUUAAGCACAAACUCCUCACCAGACCGAACGAAACGGCUUCAGAACCGAAGACUCGACAACGGAGACUUUGGAACGAAAUUAAAUGAUUAAUUUUUUUCCUCUACACCUUCUCUCUCAUGGGGUACAGAUAGGUUUCUUCCUGUCCUGGUGUUUUUUGCCUCCUAAUACAUUCAGUUGCAGUUCUCCCUGUUAAACUGAAUGGGGCGCCGUUUUCUGCUUCUCUUAAAUCAUUUUAUUUAGUUUUUAAUGUUUCAGGACGUUCAAUGUGAGAGUUUCCAUGUCGCAUCAAAUCUCCAACAAGUCAGUACCACUACCUGUAAGAUAAAAAUAUUUUGGAGAAGACGUUGUUUUAUUUAAAGAUCUGGACAUACACACGCACACUGACUGUAACUAUAGAAUUUAUUUUAGAGCAGAAUCAAAGGACAAACACUUUUGUUUGUUUUUGUCAGGUUUUUUUUUUUCUUCUGGUGUUCGUGAAAAGCACCAGGACGCACAUCUGCUCCGUACGGUGAGCUCGUGACCACGCCUGUGCAAGGUGCUGGGUAACGUCAUGGCGCCGUCGCUGGAGAGAAUCACACUGAGAGCUUUACACGGUGACGCCUCGGACCUGCCAGGUGUCGUCACUCCGACACUCACCAGGAACACAACUGGGAUGAUGAACACAUCUGUCUGGAAUGAUUGACAGUUGUGUAUGUAUAGUGAACGCCUCGCGCCCCACGCCUGGAAGCCCUCCCCCCCCCCCCAACCUAACACGGCAACGUUUCGGGUACGGCGCUCUCAUCCGGACUCGACAGACGAGCUCCGUUCAUGUGAAACUAAAUUUAUAAAUACACGUAUAGAAUUAAACCCAGUUAAAUGUGAUGAUGAGUUUUUACAGGUCUGGAGAGCGGUGAAGACACACAUCCCGCUGAACCUUGUGAGUCCUGAUGUUACGACAGACAGACGGACGGACCGCUUCCCCUGAAACUGUCGAUCUGACGCCGGAGGAGAGCGACUGUACACUCUGCUUAGCGUAUUGUUAAUAAUAAGAGCACACUAACUCCACACUAACGUUAGUCGUUGUUUUGAUCCCGUAAUCGUUUAAUAACCGCUCCACCCCGCCCAGGACCAGCGUCUUUAUGUUGUAGUUUUGUCAGAAUUGUUUGUUUGUUUUUGUAAAGAUUUUUACCUGACGGGACGGAACUUCUGUCGCUCUGCACCGCGGUGGCGGUUCACCCGUCGACCGCGCCACACAAGUCCGCUGUUAAGUGCCUGCAUAGUUUCCUUGUGACUACAAGCUAAUUUAGAUUUCUCGAGUUGUGAACCUGACAUUUGUAAAUCGUGUGCAUUUAUUUAUUAUGUGAAAGAGUUUAAAAAUUAAAACUGACCAAUUUUAAAUAGUG